CAAGGGAAGGGAAUUACAUUACCUUUGCACCAAACUCACAACUUCCACAUUGAGAGCUUCAGAGGGGAAAACAGGAAUAUUCAACCAGCCAUCGCUUCACACCGAAUAGAGAAAAUGGCUUCCCGAUCAGAGGAGGAUCUCUCCUGUCCGGUCUGCCAUAACAUCUUUAGAGAUCCUGUCGUCCUGUCAUGCAGCCACAGCUUCUGUAAAGGCUGUGUGCAGGACUGGUGGAGAGAAAAACUAUUACAGGAGUGCCCAAUUUGUAGGAGAAGAUCAUCAAAGAAUGAACCACCUGUUAGUUUGGUGAUAAAGAACCUGUGUGAGGCCUUCUUACUGGAGAGAGAUCACACAGCUUCAGCAGGAUCUGAGGCUCUCUGCAGUCUGCACUCUGAGAAACUCAAACUCUUCUGUCUGGACCAUCAGCAGCCAGUUUGUCUCAUCUGCAGAGAUUCAAAGACGCACAACAACCACAGAUUCAGACCCAUUGAUGAAGCUGCACAGGAUCACAGAGAGGAGCUCCAGAAAGUCCUGAAGCCCUUUAAAGAGAAACUGAAGAUCUUUGAACAAGUUAAAGGAAACUUUGAUCAAACAGCAGAACACAUUAAGGUCCAGGCCGAACACACAGAGAGGCAGAUUAAGAAGCAGUUUAAGAAGCUUCAUCGCUUUCUAGAAGAGCAAAAGAAGGCCAGGAUCACUGCUCUGAGGGAGGAAGAGGAGCAGAAGAGUCAGAUGAUGAAGGAGAAGAUUGAGGCUCUGAGCAGAGAGAUAGCAGCUCUUUCAGACACAAUCAGAGCCACAGAGGAGGAGCUGAGAGCUGAAGACAUCUCAUUCCUGCAGAACUACAAGGCUGCAGUGAAAAGAGUCCAGCAUCGCCCCCUGCUGGAGGAUCCACAGCUGGUCUCAGGAGCUCUGAUAGACGUGGCCAAACACCUGGGCAACCUGACCUACAACAUCUGGGACAAGAUGAAGGACAUGGUCUCCUACACUCCCGUGAUUCUGGAUCCAAACACUGCCAACCCAGAACUCCUCCUGUCUGAAGAUCUGACCAGUGUGAGACGGGGACGGGGACAGAAGCUUCCUGACAAUCCAGAACGGUUUGACUGUUACCGCAUGGUUCUGGGCUCUGAGGGCUUUACCUCUGGGACUCACAGCUGGGAUGUCGAGGUUGGAAACAGUCCAGCCUGGGUCCUGGGUGUAGCAGCAGAAUCUGUUCAAAGGAAGGGAGACAGAGGUUUACAGUCUGGAUUAUGGGGAAUGGGGCUCUAUAAAGGUGAAUGCCCAACAUGCUCAGUACCAGGUCCACACACUGUUCUCUCUGCAGAGCUCCAGAGGGUCAGAGUUCAUCUGGACUGGAACAGAGGAACGCUGUCAUUCUCUGAUCCUGAUACUAACACACACAUACACACCUUCACACACACUUUCACUGAGAGGAUGUUUCCAGUCGUUACCGCUGGGAACAAAGUCCCACUGAAGAUAUUACCAGUGGUCGGUUAUGAUAACGGUGCUGAUGACGUUGUUAAUGAUGAGGAUUGGAGUGAUAGUCCCGAGUAUGUUUCCAUGUAUCAGCAGUGUGUGUGAUCUCCCACUGAAGACGAUAACGAUGAUGACGAUGAUGACGAUGAUGACGAUGAUGAUGUACAUCUGGAAAAGUAUUAUUCAACAUCUUCAAUAUACAAAUGAUCCUAUAAAAGAGUUUUCAUUUAGCUGAACUUGGACUUCAGUGACUUGUAAAUAGAGCAAUCAUUUUAAUCCAGUAUUUUUACCAGAUGAGGAUCUAUUAUAUAAAAAGUGAUCACAUUUUUGUUCAAUAUUCAAUAUAUUUA